UCCUUGUGUGAUGCGCGGAGUCACGGCGAGGCACAGAGAAGCGCAGAGCGACUAGGGUUUUAAGAGAUAAUGGCUGGGUCGUGGACGGAUUUCCUGGCGUCCGUUGGGAUUUUAUUUCUCGUCAUUAACAACAAAGUUUUGGCACAAGUUGUCCAGGCAGAAAAUGUUACAGUCAUUGAAGGUGGCACUGCAGAGAUCAGCUGCAAACUUCAUAACUAUGACGGAUCAAUUGUGGUUAUCCAGAACCCAGCUCGACAGACCCUCUUCUUCAAUGGAACAAGAGCUCUCAAAGAUGAGCGGUUUCAGAUGGUCCUCUUCAGUCCACGUUUAGUCAAGAUUGCCCUGUCCAAUGUAAAUGUCAAGGAUGAGGGGGGCUACUUCUGCCAGCUCUACACUGAUGAUACACAUCACCAAGUUGCAACGCUCACUGUGCAAGUUCCUCCAGCAGAGCCAACAGUGGAGGUGAAGGAGCAGGCAGUAGAGGGUGGAGAGGUAGAGCUGACCUGCAUCGUCCCCCGAAGUAAACCACCGGCCUCGGUGCGCUGGUACAGAGAGCGGCGAGAGAUCGUCGGGGUGACCAGCCAGCAAGAGAAUGACAAGACUGUGAGCAUCUCCAACACCAUCCGUUUCCAGGUGGACAGAAAGGAUGACAAAGCCAUAGUGUCCUGUGAGGCCACUCACCCAGCCCUGCGCGGCCAGAAGAGGGUCAACAACUAUGCCCUCAAUGUACACUACUCGCCAAAGGUGAAGAUCCAGUACCCCGCUGGAGUUCUUCGUGAAGGGGACACCCUGACCCUGAUGUGCACAACUAUGGGAAAUCCUGAGCCUGAAAGUGUUGAAUGGACCCGCCUGAACGAUUCACUUCCAGACAGGACAGAAAUUCAGGGCAAAGCAUUAACAAUUCCACGGCUGAGCAUGAUGGACAAUGGGACCUAUGCAUGUGAAGGAGAAAAUCAGUAUGGACGGUCGGUGGAUGAGUACGUCCUGGUUGUGUACGAAGUUCCCAUCCAAACUGAAGAACCCACAGAGGUUUUCAACUUUUCUGAGCUCCCUAAAGAUCCUGGUGCAAUUGUGGAAGCUCAGAGCUCGGUGCCCUACGCAAUCAUCGGGGGGAUCCUGGCAGUGCUGGUAUUCGCAGUCAUCUGUGUACUCAUCAUCAUUAUCUGGUGCUCUGUUAGACAGAAAGGCUCCUACCUGACACAUGAAGCUAGUGGCCUGGAUGAGCAUGGAGAAGUGCAAGAGGCCUUCCUCAACGGUAAUGAGAAUCGAGAAGGGAAGAAGGAGUAUCUACUGUAAUAUUAAAAUGAAAAAAAGUAAAUAAAUGAAUAAAUAAAAUAAACCACACACAGAAAAUACAGAAAAAAAACAAAACCCUCAGGCCAUAAAGGGGCAUGGUGAACUUGUUUGAAGAGGGGUAGGUGAAACAAAAAGUCCUGAAUUGUAUGUUGGCUAUGUUUUUUUUUUAUUAUUAUUAUUAUUAUUAAUUUGUAUUACACAGAAACACGUCCAGACAGACUUGCCCCGAUUGUGGAUUUGGAGAUUCUGAACAGUGCAGGGACACGCUUUGUGUCUGCCAUAUGUCUUAAGUGCAGUAUUUUUGUAUUUGUGUUCUGUACGCUUUUUCCACCUUGCACACUACUGCUGGACUGAAUACCACUAGCUUGUUGGGUGGGAUAGAAAUGGGGAGAGUGUGCACUUCUAGGGUGGUGGCAGUUGUUCCCAAAGUCAGCAGGACUGUGUGUCAGAUGUUCACUGUUGGGUCCAGGGACAAUCUUGCAGGUUGCUAUCUCUUGUUGUUCUGCUUGAGCUGAAAUGUUGAGCCUUCCGUGUUGAGAAUCUUGU